UGCGGGGGUAUUUGUACAGCCCUAGCUUGCCCUCCCACCGGUUUCAUCUUGCUUCCUUCUAGCUUGCUUCUUCUUUCCUCAGCUUUUCUUUUUUAUCGUGCUCGCUGCUUUUCUCCCUUCUGACAGUCUUCUAUUCCACCCUAAUACACACUAUCGAUCCCUUUGCUUAAACUAAACCCGCCCAUCCUCUACUCCCUUCAUUCCCUUUCACCAACAUCCCCAACGCAAUGAAGAGUCGACUCUUCGUCCGCACACAGCCCAGUCGGCCCAUCUCCCCUGGCGGCGACAGGAGGCCAAGCCCACCAGCGGUGCCGUCGAGCCCACCAGACUCUACCGGCAGCGCGGGGAGCUCGGCGGGGCCGGCUGGGGCGCACGAGAUCGUGUUCCCAAAGGUCUUCGAGGAGGCCUGGGGCACGGGCAGCCUGGACGGACGGACGGACCUGGAGCGGGCGCGCAUCUUCCUGAUGCGCUUCGCCACCAUUAGCGCCGGCAACCGCGCCCUCGCCACCGACCUGCGCGCCAUCGCCGCCGACCAGGCCUGCCGCUGCAUCCCGGACCUGGCCGCCGCCGUGCAGGCCCAGUUCUUCGGCGCCCGCCACGACGGCUUCGCCACCACGCCGCUGAUGCAGGCCGUCCGCUUCCUGCUCAUCAAGGGCCACGUGCCCGAGGCCGUCGCCGGCCAGGUCCACGGCCACGUUCCUGUUCCCGUCCUCGCCGACCGCGCCCAGGCCGCCGCCCUGCUCGACUUCUUCUUCGACCCCGUCCUGGCCCGCUCGCUCGAUCCGCCCCCGCCCGACGGCGUGCGCUACCGCUACCCGGCCGCGCGCCUAAAGGUCGCCAUCGUCGGCGGCGGGCCCACCGCGCUCGCCUCGGCCAUCUCGCUCGCCGAAAAGGGCGCCGGCCGCGUCGAGGUCCACGUCUGGGAGCGCCGCUGGGUGCAGACCACGGCGCCCGACGGCGUCUCCCCGUGGUUCGGCUACCCGCCGACGGCCCGCCGGCGCGACCAGGUCGUGACCCUGCAGGAGUCGGUCACGCGCCUGCUCAGCCCGGGGUCGCUGCAGGCCCUGUUCGAGGGCCGGCCCGAGGCCGUCUGGCCUGGCUCGGCCAACAUCCAGAUCCGCAAGGUCGAGGACCGCUUCCUGCGCCGCUGCCAGUCGCACGAGUUCAGGGGGCUGAUCCACCUGCACGCCGAGACCGCCACGCGCGAGUCGCUCGCGUCGGGCCGCCUGGGCGACUUCCACGUCCUGUUGGGCGCCGACGGCGCUGCUUCGUGGGUCCGCAAGUCCUACUUCCACGGCGUCGAGCACGAGCGCGGCCGCAGCUACGCGCUGGGACUGGCCUUUGACCGCCCCGCGGGCCUGCCCUGGUCCCAGCCGCUCAACGUGUUUUUGACGCUCGGCCAGACCCGUUACCUGCUCAACGCGAGCGACCACGACGGCCGCGGCUACCUCAACAUGCAGCUGACCGAAGACGAGUGGCACCGCAUGGUCGGGCUGGACGGCGAGCCCGUCACGUUUGGCCACCCGGGCUGCCUGCGCCGCAAGGACGGCUCCAUCCCGGACGGCUUCACCGAGGGCCAGGUAUUCGCGCCGGCCGAGGACCGCGAGAGCCCGCUCUGGAAGUCGAUCGAGGACGGGCUCAAGCUGUUCGGGUUCAAGGAGGGCGAGGUCAUCAACGUGGUGCGCAUCCCCAUCGUGGUGCAGGCCGUCAAAGAGGGCGUGCAGAUGCUGCCGCCGGCCGAGGCGCCGUCGAUCCGACGACCGCACGCGCUGGUGGCCGUGGCGGGCGACGCGGCCAUGACGGUGCACUUCUGGCCGGGCCGCGGGCUCAACAGCGGCAUCAAGUCGGGCAUCGCGCUGGGCGACGAGAUCGUGGCCUCGCUCAACGACGGCCGCUUCGUGGGCCUGUCGCCCAGCGCCAUGGACGAGUACAACGCCUUCAUCAUGAAGCUGCAGGACCGCGAGCACGACAAGCGCAGCAUCCCCAUCCUCAACCAGUCCGGCUCGCCCGAGAUGCUGGGCUGGCUGCUGUCCAAGGCCGGGUCCGUGCCGGACGAGGUGGCCGUCGAGUGGCUGGUCGGCGCCAUGGCCCAGAUCGCCGCCCGCCUCGAGGCCCGGCCCGACUGGGCCUUUGCGCCCGUCGCAAACGUCGAGCCGCAGCUGCGCAUCGUGCUGCGCCAGCUGCACCCGCUGACCCUGCGCGAGAUGGCCGUCAGCUUCCCCUGGCCCACGCGCGAGAUGGGCGGCGCCGAGGUCCUGCCCGUACGUUCCAUGCGGCCCGAGGAGAAGCAGCGCUGGGUCGCGUCGCUGUGGAACAUGCUGCGUGACGAGCGUAAGAAGGAGCGCGCCGGCGUCGACGCCGAAGUCAGGGCGGCGCGGUUCGAGGCGCCUCGGCAGCCGCGGGGCGGGUCUCUGCUGCCACCGCCGCCGUCGCCGGGCCAGCAUCCCCCGCGCUCCCCGACACCGCCCGAGGGGACACCACUACCACGACGUGGCUCUGCCGACGCGUCGCCUCCCGAGCGGGCGGGCACCCUGCGGAGAAGCAACGCCACCAAGGCAGGAGGCGGCAGCGUCCGGGGACACGGGCAGCGGCAGCAGGACCUCGGCGUGCCAGGCCUCAGCGGUGCGCCCCGGAGGCACUCGAGGUCUGCGUCCAGCGUCAGCAGCCUCUCCGACUUUGGCCUGGCGGUUCCGGGGCCCGAAAGCCAGGCCAGCAGCUUGAGAUCGCCGUCGCCGGGCCCCGCCCCGUCAGGCGACAUGCAGCUUGGCAGGCUGCUUAGCGUGCACCGGAGGCCACAGGGCACGAUGCUGACGGAUGCCCUGUCUUUGGCGCUCUUCCGCGUGGACGCGACCGAUUAAACUAGAUUGUAGCUCACGUUGAUGACUUGAUGAUUUAUGCGAUACGACAUCUAAGGACAA